AUGUUCUCUUACACUUUGGCUUUCAGGAGAACGGCGGUCAGCCUCAGCCGCGGGACAGCACGUGCAAAGGUGCCGCUGUUGGCCGCUCCUUUCAAUAGCAUCAGCAAGAGAAGCUUCAUAUUGACUCCGGGACAACCGGACCCCGCUGAUGAUGAUUCCCAAAAGGGCCAAUCCCAGUCCAACUGGAAAGACUCGACGAUGAAAGUGCUGGAAACAGCUGGGGCGACGUUGGCAUCGAUCGCGGUUUUAGGGCUUGCUGGAUAUUCAUACCACAGGUACUACAAGUACUUGGUCCUGAGUAAAAUCGACAAUGCUUUUGAGCCGGGCGACCCGGCUCUGGAUGUCGCCGGUGUGUCUCCCGGAAAAGAAGCAAAAGAUACGGAGCACUGGGUUGUACGCGACGAACAGGAAAAAAUUGACCGCAUCGUGACCGGCGAGCUCAAAGGUCAUUAUUACCUUCUGGUGGGCGAGAAAGGCACUGGGAAAACAUCCAUGCUGUUGAAUUCAAUGCAAAAGGUGAAUGGCAAACGGGUUGCAAUGUUUGAAGCGCACGCCGAUCUAGAAAUCUUCCGCGUACGAUUCGGCAAAGCCCUAGAUUUUGAAUUCCACGAAGAUUAUAUCGGCAGUCUUUUUAGUAUCAGAGGACCACGCGACACGACAGCCUUGCUGGACAUUGAACGCGCUUUUAACAAGCUAGAGAAAGUAGCUUUGCAACGACGUACCAAAGGCGACUCUCCUUUGUUGCUGGUUGUCAACAGCGCGCAUCUAAUCCGUGAUGAUGAGGACGGCCGAGACUUGCUGGAAUUGAUGCAACAACGCGCAGAACAGUGGGCCGCCAGCAAUCUGGUCACGAUGAUUUUCAACAGUGAUGACUAUUGGGUUUACGAGCGUCUAAAGAGAUAUGCGACCCGCAUGGAAGUUAUACCAGUCCCGGACUUGCCGAAACAAAAAGCCAUGGGAGCUUUGCAGAGAUAUAGAAGGCGGUAUCACAACGAAGAGGUUUCGCAGGACAUAUUGACCCAGGUCUACAACCAUGUUGGAGGCCGUUUAUCAUUCCUUAACCGAGUUGCAAAAUCACACGAUAUGCUGCAGACCUGCCAGGAUAUUUGCACGGCCGAGAAGACAUGGCUUCUGAAUCGCUGCUGGAUUCUGGGCUCCGAGAUGGAUGACGAUGUCAUGGACGAACAGAAAUUCUCCUCCGCUGCCAUGGUUCUUGCCAAGGCUCUUGUGGAUCAAGAGAAGGACAUGGAGAAGACGUACGAUGAGGAACAUGGACACAUAUUGCCAGAGAUGCCCUUGCACAAGGCGCGCCAGGUGAUGACAAGAGCAGACUUUAUUCAAGGCUACGAUCACGACAACAUCUUCACGAUCGACUCUAGGGCCAUGGUGCGAGCCGAUUCAGUGCCCAUGCAGCUCGCCUUUCGAGAGAUCUGUGCCGAGCCCGGCUUUGACGAGUAUCUUGAGAAGACUUUAGAACGCAUCGAAAUAAUGGCCAAAACCUCGCGUCCGCGUCAAGGGCGUGCCGAUAAGAGCAGCGGCAAUGCUGUCAUUGCUAAGAAAGCUGCCGGAUCGUCGCACGUGCACUCGCGCAUUCAGAAUCUCCCGCGACCAGCUCGGUAUCUCCUACUCGUGACGAGCAGCCUCUUUCUAAGCUCUUCGCUCCUCACGCUCGUCUCCCCUCAGAAUGCUGGGAACCUGGCAGGUGUUAGCAAGCACUUGGAAGAGUGGUGGGAAGCUGGUGGGCUCAUCGCUUGGAGAGCUGUUGAUUUGGGACUGGCUUGGCUCGUAGGGUUUGACGGAUGGGACGUUACCGAAUUGACUGUGCUUACCCACGUGCCAGUCUACUUCCUCAUGCUGAAUUUCUACAACGUAAGACCGACGGCCGUUGCGAGCACAUUCCUGAUCGAAGUGAUAUCAAAGACAGUCCCCUUUGUCCUCUUAAGGGGACCCAACUCAGUACAUGCCCUCUCAACCCCGCGCGCAAAGGGAAUUUCAAAUAUUGGUAUCCUGCAAGAUCGAGCGACGGCUCUGUACGUCUCUAUUGCCGCGGCUGCGACCUACACAAUCGUGCUUUCCGUGGGUUUCUCGACCUGGUUGCCGGUGCACCUUGUCACGCACUUUGAAAAUAUCCCCGAUAUCCGACUAGUGCAUUCCGGGUUACAGGGGCUACCACCUGUUUUCUUGCAACUUGCACUGGGUGGGUAUGCAGCAUAUGAUCUCCUCUUCGUCAGCUCUGCUGGAUGGCCAGCAACAACAGAAACAAGUAACAACAGCACUGGGGGAAAUGAUACAGACCGCGAAGGAGAAUACUUGAUUACAUCUCUAUACAACCGCACAUGGGGCAGACUUUCGCCCAAGGGGAAAAUACUUGCCAGUCGCACGCUCAUCCUAGCCACAAUGACACUAGUCAACACGAUCAUCCAGGUAUCAGGUACAGUGGCAGGAGUUGACCUACUGGGUUCGGCUGGCUGGGGCGCACUCUGGGCUACUGCGGUGUUGGCUGUUGGUGGUCUUUUUGCCUGGAUCGAAGCGGUUCCGGGAGUUUGA